CUGAGGUCGGUUGACCCUAUUCUACAUCGAGGCUGAGAGGUACUUUCCUAAAUCACGUCUUCCUCCAACCCUCCCCCGUCAGUAUCAGCUUUUUCACCACCAGCAAUUCCCCGAGCACCCUGCCUCUCGUUCACACAGGUCAGCGCCCGUGCCCCCUCCAUAGACUGAAUUACAUUCACUUCUAUGCCCAUAUCAGGCUAGCACGAGUUUCACGCCAAGCCUCGCAUUGCCCACAAAAGAUUCCUUGCCAGCAUCCCCUUCCAUGUUCCCUCUCGCGGUCAUACAACCGCAGGGUUAUUCCACCUCCGAACCCGCAAACAUGUCCACUCUUAAGAGGACGCGGGCCGCCACCGAUGACGGUUCCGAAACCGAACAGCUUUUCAAGCGCAGCAUCAAAGUCGCCAAGCAGCAAAAGCCGGACGGCGAGGGAGACCUCUCAAAACCCGGAUGGCGGCCUCUUUAUGCAUCUGACGGCCUGAACGCGGUCGCCGAGGUGCAAGGAAAGGCACUGGAUCCUAGCCUUCCGCGCAAAUUGUCAGAUGCCGCGCCUCUUACCAGCUCCGAGAAGCAGACCAAGGCUGCCAUCCAAGGAGAUGACCCGCCGUCACUUCAGAUAGCCCUCUCCCUAGAUCGGUUCUCAUUGCGAGAAAACCAAUGGGCGGAGUGGGUCAGCAAAGAGAAGGACGACAAGGAAAAGGCCGCUAUCAUCAUCACCGCCCGGGACUCAGAUUCCCGCACAAAGCAGCAGCUUCUUCGCCUCGUACGCCAGUUGUGGCCUUGGUUCUGCGAUGCCCUAGACACGAUUACUCGCGAGAUCCUCCUGAGCCCCGAUGAGCGAUCAAAUUACUGUCAAGCUGUCAGUACCAUGCGAAAUGCAAUCCUAGUCCUCCGAGAACGGCACGGUACCCCGCGUACAGAACUCUAUCUCCUCUCAACUCACAUAUGGAAGAAUAGCAGCGGUCCCAAGCUACCACUCGACUCUGUUAAUCGCGUCGUCAAGAUGCUCGGAAAAACUCCAUCCAUCCACGAGCAUCUCAGAAUACUCCGGCUGCAGCUUGAAUACAUCCAAGAGUCAUUUAGUGCACCUGACUGGUCGGAUGAGGCGUAUAAGCGUGAGCUGCGCCAGGAAGAGGACGACGCUCGGAAGCGCAAGAAGGCGGACGGAGAUCACCGGGCUCGACUGCGCGAAGCGUUUGAGCGAGAGCAGGCUGCCCAGUACCGUGCCGCUGAAGAGGCCGAGCAGCAGCGUGCUUGGAAAGCCGCGGAAGAGCAGACACGGCAAGAAGAAGCCCGCAAACAGGCGGAAGCUAAGCAGGCACAACAACGAGAGGAUACACGCCUCCAAGAAGAAGCUCGACAAAAGGCAGCGGAGGAAGAAGUUCGCAGGCAGCAAGAGCAAGAGGCGCGCCGUACGCAAGAGGCUCGUCAACAGGCAGAACAAGAAAUGCGACAGGUUCAAGCCGAGCGCGAACGACAAAAGCUCGAGAAGGAUCGCAUAGCAGCAGAGACGUUAACUACACAGCUCGUUGCCACGAUCCAGAACGGCACGCCGCUUCCGUUCCUUCUUCCGCCUAAAUCUGAUCUGAUCGCAAAGCUAUCCAGCGCUUGGUCAAUGCUAGAAUCCGACAUCGCAGCCAUGGGACCUCAGGACCUCACCAAGCUCAGCGAGCUGGAGGAGCUCGACGUGUACUGGAUCACACCGACCCAGAACGCCAUGCUCGCUUUGCGGCUGUUGAGGCGCACUCCAAACGAGUUACUCAGCACCGGCUGGGACCUUGACACCAUGCACAACCUGAAUGAGUUGCUUGGACACUACCAAGAGAUCGAGGUGCUGCAGUGGCUCAAAGUAAAAGUCAUUGACGUCUGGGGACUGCUCCGCGAGGCCCAGAUGGAGUUGAAUGCCUCUUUCGCAUUUUCUACAUCUAGCGAAGAGUCAUCGUCAUCGAUCGGCAGCAACAAUACGGAAAUCACCAUCCCAAACGAUUCUCCAGAGAGAAGUGCCUGUUCCACUGAAGUGGCCAAAGCAGUGGCUCCAAGACCGAAGACAUCUUUCGAAUCACCCCUUACCGCACGAAUUACCUAUCCGGAGGGCGACCCACGAGUGAAGAAGCCGCAAUCUACUUCCCGUCCCCCGCCCUUUGAGCAGAGCGACAUUGAGUCAGAAGGCGAUACCAAUGGGAACGAUCGAUCCAGGAUCGAGCAUACGGAAACACAGACUUCCAGUAGCACACGGAGCGACCAGAGUUACUCAUCUGAUGCCACAGCACCACUCUCCCCAUGCAACGAUGGAGAUAUCAAUAUGGAAGAUGCGCCAGAGCAGCCAUUCCGGAAAUUUUGCACAUUCUUCCUGAAGAAUAAGUGCAAAUUCGGUGACAGGUGCCGAGAUCUCCACGACCGCCAGACUCCACAUCAAUCCACGCUUUCCAGCAGAAACGGCGGAUUGGCUCAGCAUCAGCCUUCUGAGCCCCUGCCUUCCGAGGCUCAGCGGUGCAGCCAUGCCCAGAGGUACGGCUCCUGCAAGCUCGGUGACAAAUGUAGGGAGCUACGAGCCUUGAAUCACACCACCGCUCCGGCGGUCAUUCGAGGGCAACAGAUGGAGACGAACGUGAGCCCAGAUUGCUCACGGAUUCCUUGCAAGUUCGGCGGCCACUGCCGCAAGAAACGCUGCCCCUUUAAGCAUGAACUCGAGCUCCAAGCCGAAAGCACGGAGCAAAAUCAGGACGACGCCAACGACACCGAGCGUCCAUACGACAUGCCUGCCAACGCCUUCAACGCCGCACAGCGAGCUCCUCCUCCCCCGAUGACCGAGCCUAGAUUGCCUGAUUCUAACCUCGCUUCUGCCAGGAUUAGGACGAUAAACACUAGACUAGUCGACCUGAUGCAACAUGCAAACCCCGGCCUAGAGACUUUUGAGACCGACGACUUCUACGACGCCACCCGAUCCUACCUCAGAGAGACCCUCGCCAAAGCUUUCGCGGCCGAGAUUACAGAGUCCAGAUUGUCGGCGGAACGUGUGGAAAUGCUUCAUCGAUCUGUCCUGACCCAUAUACCCACCACGGACCUUAAGCAACGCCAGAAGAUCACGUCGGUGUUGGGCGACGUAGGCAACAAGGUUGACAAGGCGUUGCGCGAGAUGGGCCAGGAGGACGCCACGCCACGCUUCUGGCGCAACACGCGGGCGCCAACUCUGACCGCGUCAACCAGUGUCCAGCCAAAGCAGAACUCUCCCUUUAUCUUCGGUGCUCGAGCAUCGCCUGCGGGCAUCUCAGGCUUUAGCUGCGACGCUACUGAUGAUUCGGGUGACGCUGUCCGGGACAACAACGUCAGCUUCACUAAGGUUGAGGCUAACCAAGAGGAAGGCGUCAAGUUUAAGGGUCGGGGUCCGCGCUCCUACCGGCCGUCGUCGGCGCGCGCACCGCCCAGAAAACGGCAAUAGCCGCGUUAAUCGGCAAGGGGCCUGUCCGCGCAUGCUCUUUUCCAUGAUAGCCUUUCGCUCUCAACAACGAGGAUGAUAACAGCACAAUCAAAUGCGAAACGAAGUCCUACAAGUCACCUCCCGGAUCCUUCUCGCUCGGCUAAAGCGAUGGCGUGCAUGCCGAAAUCCCCACAUAGCUCCCGGCCGCUCGCCGUCUACCAGAUACCACAAGCACGAUGC